CUCAAACCCCUCCACAAGCUAAACGAUGAUACUGAGGAAUCUCUCUCCAUCGAAGCUCAGAAAGCUUCUCUCUCCAUUUUCUCUCACUUCCUAUACACACACCACACCUUUAUCUAACUCCCCUUUCAAUUCAUUAAUCAUCGACCCUUCGCCCUCUUAUCCCCUUCCCCAAAACCCUGCUAAAACCCUACCUUUUCUAUUUUUUUCAAACCCCUUUUCUUCACAAUCCGGAAAGAACAAAUCUUUCUCUAAUUCACUACUAACCCGCGAUGGCAAUUACGAGGAAGCCACUGAGGAAACAUUCGCUAUUUGCCCUGGCUGCGGUAUCCAAAUGCAGGAUUUUGAUCCCAAGCAACCAGGGUACUCCGUCAAGCCCUCUGCGAAGGGAGAAAACUAUAAGAAAUUUAAAAAAAUGACUCCGAUUUUGGACGAAUCAGAAAUCUCCGACUCCCUUAAACGAGGAAUCGCAAAUGAGAUACUGGAAGUUGAUAGAACUGAUAGUCUUGAAACAGCAGACGACGUGUUCGAUGAACUGCCUGACAGAGGUGGGAAGGAAAGGGCUAACCAGAAGCCUAUUGUUUGCUCUAGGUGCCACAGCUUGAGGCAUUAUCAGAAGGUGAAGGAUCCUGGUGUGGAGAAUUUGUUGCCUGAUUUUGAUUUUGAUCACACCGUUGGUAGGAGGCUGAUGUCGAUUAGUGGGGCGAGAACUGUAGUUUUGCUGGUGGUGGAUGCUGCUGAUUUUGAUGGAUCGUUUCCAAGAAAAGUAGCAAAUUUGGUGUCUAACACAAUUGAUGAGAAUGCAAGAUCUUGGAAGGAAGGGAAAUCCGGCAAUAUACCGAGGAUUGUGUUAGUAGCGACCAAGAUUGAUCUUUUACCUAGCAGCAUUUCCCCAACUAGGCUCGAGCAUUGGGUUCGUACACAAGCAAGGGAAGGUGGGGCGGGAAGGCUCGCCAGUGUGCAUUUGGUGAGUGCUGUGAGGGAUUGGGGGUUGAAGACUUUGGUUGAUGAUGUGGUUACCUUUGCUGGCCCAAGAGGGCACGUGUGGGCUGUGGGUGCUCAGAAUGCUGGGAAGAGCACGCUGAUUAACGCGAUAGGGAAGUGUGUGGGGACGAAAGCGACUCAUGUAACGGAGGCAUCAGUGCCUGGGACUACCUUAGGGAUUGUGAGGAUUGAGGGAGUUCUUCCUGGGAAGGCCAGGUUGUUUGAUACGCCCGGGCUUCUGCACCCUUAUCAGAUUUCGACUAGGUUGAAUGCAGAGGAGCAGAAGCUUUGUCGUAUUGACAAGGAGUUGAAGCCGAGGACAUAUAGGAUCAAGGCAGGAUAUUCAAUUCAUAUCGGUGGGCUGUUCAGGUUGGAUGUCGAAGAAUCCUCAGUAGAUUCAAUCUAUGUUACGGUAUGGGCUUCAUCUUUGAUUCCUUUGCAUAUGGGGAGGACGGAGAAUGUAAGCUCAAUGUUGGAAGAACACUUUGGCCGUCAGUUGCAGCCUCCGAUUGGGGAGGGGAGAGUGGAGAAGCUCGGAAAAUGGGUGAAAAAGGAAAUCCAAGUCUGUGGGGAGAGCUGGGAUUCGAGUUCCGUUGACAUUGCUGCUGCUGGCCUUGGUUGGUUUGCUGUUGGGCUCAAGGGAGAAGCGGCGUUGGCUGUGUGGACAUACGACGGGGUUGAAGUAACAGCGCGACAUGCUUUGCUUCCUCAAAGGGCAAAGAAUUUUGAAGUUGCAGGAUUCACAGUGUCGGAGAUUGUGUCCAAAGCUGAUCGAGCUAGGAGUAAGCAAGGCCCGAAGAAGAAGAAGAGCAGCAGCCUGAAAAGUGCAGGUUCAACGGCUUCCUCUGUGUCGAAUGAUGGUGAAGAUUCAAGUUCAGAUUCGUCGUCGUCUUCUUCUGGUGAAGAUCUGAAUUCAGAUGAUUCAGCUGCAGUUUCCACCUCUAGAUGUUGAAUGGGAUACAAGGAAAAAGUUUCACUCAUCCCUACAGAGGGAGGCUAGAGAUUAUUCAGGAAUUGAAUUAGUAGUUUAUUAUUCUUUGUUUUGGUCGAAAAAAUGACCCUUUGAUUGGUUAGACCGUAGAUAGUUGUUUUAAUCUUAGACAACCAAUUUGUGUAAGUUGAUCAACAUUAUACCUUGACAUGUUGUUUAACAUAGUGAAUUGAUUUGAGUCGUGACUCAUUGUUUCUACAAAA